AUCACAAAUCACAAACUUUGCGAGCAAUCGGAACGAGUGAGCGAAAAACUGAAAGAAAAAAAUAUAUAUAGACGAAACAGGACAAGAGCAGCUCUUCCAUAAUGGCAGCAAAUGAGUUGGACAAACCGAAAAAGCUGGAUGACAAGCACAAUCAGUUCAUCUGUCCCAUUGUCUACAAAAAUGAGAUGCCCGAGCUGGGGCUGGAUUGCAAAUUCCUGCCCUGCGGCAAGGAUAUUCUGGAUUACACGCUGGAGCCUGUCUCCUUCCCGAUGCAGGAGUCGCAGUACGAUCAUCAGUUUAAGGGGCUGCAUCUGCUCUUCGAUAUUGAUUUGGUGAAUCAAUCGGCUUACGAUAAGCAGCGCCACAAUACCCGCAAGGAGGCGCAGAAAAUAGAUCCCCGUGAUGCAGCCUUGCUGGGGGAUAUAGAAGCUCUGCAUUAUGGCGAUGCCAGGCAGCGGCCAAGUCGCGUCCAAGAGUGCGCCCAAAUGUUUGCCAAGGAGCGGGUAAAUGUGCCGCGUCCUCGCAUUGGAGCCUUUCGUACUCCGGCUGCUGCUGAGACCCCAGUACAAUUGCAGGCCGUUAGCCUGGAGCAGCAGAAGGAGUUGAUUACUCAGACCUUCGAGGAGGCCAAGAAGCCUCUCGGCCGGCAUCCCAUCAAGCCAAGGAGCAACGCCAGGCCGGUGUCCAUUUUACCCAUUUUUCCUGACACCGAUCUCCAGAAUUAUAGUUUCCUGCAAAUGCAGUUCGAUAAUGCGCCCACUGAAAAUUCAAGUUUGAUGAAGGACUGUGGCAACUAUUUCGUCAACUUCAAUGUUAAAGAGGAGCUUUCCGUCACCGGGGAACAAAUCUACUUGUCGGAGCAGCGCUACAAGGAGGAUAAAACCACUGAGAAAGCCGACAAGGGCGAUCGAAUUAUUCUCAUACAAAAACCCGAUGGCGUCUACUAUGUCAGCGUUGAGAAAUACAUCAAAUUGCGACGCGAGCGACCACGUCCACAGGCCAUGGUCAACAAGUGUCUGCUGCAGGUCAAGCGAGUGGAAAAGAAAGCCAAAUAAACAGGAAUUGAUUUUCAGGCUCACAAACAAAAUCGAGGCGGAAUCCAGGUAUCCAUGAGAUCAUAUUAUUGAAAUUCUGUACGGGGUCAGGAAUUGCCAAACGAUAAAAUAAAGCUCAAACACAAACUAUAUGAAAUUCUGCUGAAUUUCAAGAUUUUUUUUCACAGGAACAGCUUAAACCUACUGCAAAAAUAUUUAAACAAGGAUUUAGUGAGAAG